CCGUACCUCCCCCUCCGCCUGCCUGCCUGCCUGCCCGCUCCCAGCAGCGCUGCGAUGGUCAAAAGGUUUACACUUGAGUCGCUCGGAGGACCGACAGCCGGUGGCUCUGCAGCCCCAUCAGUCCGUACAUGACGAGGUAACUCACAGCGCUGUCUACAAACCGCUUCACUCCAUAAUCCGUCAAAAGUGUCCGCAGCUUUAGCUUUUUUUUCUUUCUUUUUUUUUCCCAUUUUCUUCUUCUUUUCGCCUGCUGCUGCAAACAGAACUCACAGUUUGAUCCUGGGAUGUUGUGAGUAGAGUUGGUUCACAUUGUCAGAAUGUGCCAGAAUCCUUGAAGACACACUAAAGGACGAUACCUGAUCUCCUUUGAUUGUUAUACAUACACCUGGCGCCAUGGCUCGCUUCGUGAUAGCUGAAGAAACACUGCUGAGGUACACUCUUUUCUUUAUUUACCUGAGUGUCUGCUUGUGCCAGCGUGACUGCACCGGCGUGGACUGUCCCCAGCUUCACAACUGUAUCGAAGAAGUGCUGGAGAGUGGCGCCUGUUGCUCUUCAUGCCUGCACAAAGGAUGCACAUGCGAGGGUUACCAAUAUUACGAUUGCAUCAAUGCAGGAUUCAAGAAUGGCAAAGUGCCCGAGGGAGACUCUUACUUUGUUGACUAUGGCAGCACGGAGUGCUCCUGCCCUGCAGGAGGCGGCCGGAUCAGCUGCCACUUCAUCAGCUGUCCGGACAUUCCACCAAACUGCAUCGAGGUUUCAGAGCCUGCAGAUGGUUGCAUGCAGUGUGAACGUGUAGGAUGCGUUCAUGAUGGGCAAAAGUAUGACGCUGGACACUCCUUUCACAUUGACUCAUGCCGGGUCUGCCACUGCCCAAACGAAGGGGGGAAGCUCAUGUGCUAUCCUGUACCAAACUGUGAUCCGCACAAUGUCCAGAAACCAAUGUUAGCUGCACCAACAGACGAGAACAGCAGGGCCAACAGUCACCCCUACAGGUUUGACCAACAAGGGCACAAAGACCAAUCCACACCAUAUCACCGUCCUCCUAAUGGAAAUCUUCUCUUCAAAUUGCCUUUGGAGAAAGAGGAGUCAGAAGAUUAUGAUUAUGGUCCUACAGACUUUCCAGAGACUUACCCUCAGUCUCUAGUCUUCCCCACCCAGUCCUCCUCCUUUAACAAGGUUAUCUCUGUAUCCCGAGACUCUGACAGACUUGACAGAACAUCUGCCCUACAGAGCUUUGGCAGACAAAGCAAGCUGGAGCUGAGAGAGCGAUAUGGGGUUCAUGACCAUCCUGCAGACAGAGAGCAAGUGACAGAAAAUCCCCUGAGACAAGAGCAGAGUACUGUCAGGCUACAUAUACACAAGGACACCACUACAUCUCAGCAGCCAUCACAGGGUCUAACAAGUGUCACAUUCAGUGAUCUUACUACACAGACGGACUCUGAGAAUCCAUUGCAUACACUCAAAAGUUCAGAUAGUGUCAUAUUUCCACUAAACGAAGGAUUAGGGGAUGAAAAAAAGCCUCCACAUCCGCAUAUGAUUUCAGAGAGUGCAGUUCAUCAUGAGAGAGGCUCGGAGUCUAAGACACAUUACCAAAAUGCAUCACAUAAUGUGACACCCAGAGGUUCAGUGAAUCAGAUAAACGUUAGUCAUCCAGGGAGAGGUACAGACAGUCAAACCAAUCAGCAGAGACGAUCAGAUAGGGUGAACUUUCCACUGUACAUGAUGAGAAACCCAGAGACUCCAAUUCAUCCCCAGACAAGUCUACAUGAUCUGAAAGAAUUACCGGAGACAGUUGCACCAGAAAGUGAGGAAGGGAUGGAUGAAGAGAUGGAAGAGGAGAAGGAAGAAGAAAUAGUAACAUUUCAUAGUGUCACUGGGCCUGAAGGAGGGGAUGUACCUUAUAAAAUAAAGUCAGUACAACAGGAGAGAGGCCACGAGGGGUCAGAGAGCAGCGAUCCAAACAGCAGCUACGAAAAGACCACGCCCGAGCCCAGCACCAGUUCCCCCAAGAGGCCUGAGUACCUGACAACUCCCAUGGUCAUUACCACCGCCACCACCCAGCCACCAGUAAGGCUCACGCUGGAUGAGAGUGAGCCCACUACAAAGCCAGGUCAGAGGUUGGUUAACCUCACCCACACUGAAGACCAGGAAGAGGUGAAGGAAGACGUGACAGAGAAACAGGAGAGGAAAGAACACCCUGUUUUGCUCAUCCAACCUGAUGAAGGUCCAGGUCCAGAGUCUGCUGAAGACCUUCUUCAGAGCUGCUGUGCUGCCGGCCAGAAAUGGGGCACAGAAAAUCACCACUGCAACCACAUGCCACUGCUGAACCCUGACAAGGACUCCAUAUGCAGUGUUGCAGAGAAGCAGUGCUGCCUCAGCUCCGUGAAGGAGAGCCAGUGUGACUCAGGUAUGACUUCAGCCAGAAGAGGGGACACCUGUGAAGUGGAUGAGGUGAACCAGUGCACAGAUGACUCCUACCAGGUGUGCUGCAGCUGCUGUGCCCUUGGUUUACGGGUGCGCAGCGAAGGACGGGGUUGCGAAGCUCACCAGUACCUGAGCUACCCGUGCGCUCUCGUAUUCCUCACCUGCUGCGAGGAAGACGAAGGUCCGAGCCAGAUUCCUCUGAGGAGAAAGCAGAUGCCCAGACCAACUUCUGUGCCUAGAAAAGUUUCAGACAGCAAGUUCCCCAAGGAGGCUUUCUCCAUCAGUGCCACAGAUGAAGCUGCCAAUGCAGUGCAAGAGCAGGAGAAUGUGGAUCUGUGUCAGCUCUACCUGGGCCAGCUGUGCCAGCACACAUGCACCAACAUCUGGGGCUCCUACCGCUGUGGCUGCCACCAGGGCUACAUUCUGCAGCAGGACGGGCACUCCUGCGCACCAGUGAGUCCUGAUGAGGACAACAGAGUCAGAGAGGACAGUCCUCCCGUGGUCCCAACACAAAGUACGACAACCACCACAACAACCAGUACAACCACAACCACCACCACCACCACUCCUGCACGACUCAAUCCUUGUGCAGAAAAUGGCCCCUGCAGUCAGCAGUGUACGGUGGUGGCAGGCCGAGCUCGCUGCUCCUGCUUCCCAGGGUUCUCGCUGAUGACAGAUGGACGUAUGUGUGUAGAUGUGGACGAGUGCGUGACCAACACCCACAGUUGUCGGCCCAGCGAGCGCUGUAUGAACACAGUGGGCUCAUUUGUAUGCGAGCUGCAGGUCACUUGUCCUGCAGGCUACCAGCUGAGAAACAGUGUUUGUGAGGACAUUGAUGAAUGUGUUCUGCGAACCCAUAACUGUGGUAUGGGCUUUGUGUGUGAGAACACACUGGGCUCUUUUCUGUGCAACGCCAAAAAUAAGUGCGUCAGCGGCUUCACACAGGACUCCCAUGGCAACUGUAUUGACAUAAAUGAGUGCAGCAGCCUGAGCGAGCCGUGCAGCUUGGGCUUCAACUGCAUUAACACAGUGGGCUCCUACACGUGCCAGAAGAAGGUGAUAAUGUGCAACCACGGAUACCACGCCAGCCCUGAUGGAGCCAAGUGUGUCGACGUUGAUGAGUGUCAGAUGGGGACGCACCGCUGUGGAGUGGGCCAGAUCUGUCACAACCUCCCUGGCAGCUACCGCUGUGACUGUCAGACGGGCUACCAGUAUGACGCCCUCCGCAAAGUCUGCACCGAUGUAAAUGAGUGCUGGCGCUAUCCUGGCAGGCUGUGUGCCCAGACCUGUGAAAACACCCCAGGCUCUUACCACUGCUCAUGCACAGCCGGCUUCUCCCUAGCAUUUGAUGGCAAGAACUGUGAAGAUGUAAAUGAAUGUGACAAAAACCCCUGCAGUCAAGAGUGUGCCAACAUCUACGGCUCAUAUCAGUGCUACUGUCGCCAAGGCUACUACCUGAAAGAGGACGGACACACCUGUGAAGAUAUUGACGAGUGCUCUCAGAGCAUUGGGAACCUCUGUGCCUUCCAGUGUGUCAAUGUUGCCGGCAGCUACCAGUGUUCCUGUCCUCCUCAUGGAUAUGUCAUGUCUGCCAACAAACGCACCUGCAGAGAUAUUGACGAAUGCACCACUGGAAGCCACAACUGUUCAUUUGGACAGACAUGUUAUAACCUCCAGGGAGGCUUCAGAUGUCUCUCCUUUCACUGUCCUCCCAACUACAAGAGGGUGUCAGACACACGCUGUGAGCGAAGCAGCUGUCCCAGUAACUCCUUAGACUGUCAGAACUCACCUGCCCGCAUCACGUACUACCAGCUCAGCUUCCAGACCAACAUCAUCAUUCCCGCCCAGAUCUUCCGAAUCGGACCAUCCCCGGCCUACUCUGGAGAUCAGAUUGUCAUCGGCAUCAUCAAGGGCAACGAGGAGGGCUACUUCAGCACCAGGAAGCUGAACAGUUUCACAGGCGCCGUCUACCUGCAGAGGCAAGUCCCUAAGCCCAAAGACUUCCUGAUAGACGUGGAGAUGAAGCUGCUGAGGCAGGGGACGUUCACCUCGUUCCUCGCCAGGAUCUAUGUCUUUAUCACAGCCAGCACCAUGUAACACCAGAAAGAGACAGACAGAGAGAGGGACUGGAGAUUUCACAUGGUGCUCAACUUUUAUACGUGCAGACUCUUUUUGUAACGCCUCGCAAAGAUCAAGCAUUAUUCAAGAAUCUUGUAAAAUGUUGCCAAAGACCUUACUGUUUGCUUUUUCCCGUUUUUGGCAGGUUAUUCUGCAGACUUUCUAUGACAAUCAUAUUUCCUGAGAAACAUUGUAUUUGUAUUUACCAUAGUAUUUUUCCAGUUUGACUCUUCCUAACGUAAUUUAGCUUUGGCUUUAGCUCGUUUGCUUAAGCUGCUGGUUCGUACAAACAGCGUCACAGUGCUACACAGGUCACUGCACAGGUCACUGCACAGGUCUGGGUGGAUGGUUUGUGCUCUGCUCCACUCUCUUUAAGAUUUGCUCUUUGACCUCCCUGUUCAUGUUUUAUGACAAUUAUUCAUGAAAGUCUGAAGAAACUAAAAAAAAGAGUACUACAGCACUACAAUGUAAGGGCACUUUUCACUGUGGAGGCGCGAAACUGACAAAAUGUGUACAUCAUGAAUGAAUACAUCAAUUAGGUAAACAAUUAAAUAGUGUUAAAGAAAUGGCUACAGAUGAUCUUUUUUUCCUGUACCACUCCUUGAUAGAAUAAAUUAAAACUUAGAUUCUUUUUUUUCCAACUUGGUUUUCCAUUUUUAUCAUUUACUGUAUCUGGUUCUCUAUAUUCCCAUGAAACGUUUCCUGAAUACCUCGUGCUUGUAUGAUAAUAAGGUGGGCGGGUUCAUAUUUGUCCAGGACAAAGAUUGGUAAAGCAAUAAGUCUGUGUAAGCUAAAAGUAAACUAACUUCUAAUCAUAAAUUAGGAUUUAAUUUGUUUUAAAUUGAAUAAAUUAAGUGUUAACUUAUUUUACAGAAUGUUUGGAGGUUAAAAGCAAGUAUAAUUAUAUUUAAUGUCAGUUCUACAACAAAUAAACAGUGUCAUUUAUUCAUGUAUUCAGUCAUAUUCUUACUUUUGUCAGCUUUGGGCCUCCACAGUCACCAUCCAAAUGUGUUAAUGUGGUGAGGCAAAAGUAGCAGAAACUUCAAAUAUCACAUUUUGUUUAUCAUUUGGUGUAUAUUAUUUUUUUAUCUGAUGAAAUGUAAUUGUUCACAUUCAGUGCAAAUCACCCUUGAAAACAUGAAUGAGUCACGUAUGGUAAAUUACAGCACUGAAAUAUUAGUGAAGCGUUACUGUUGAUUAUUUUAAGUGUCAUAUUCUUUCAUUCUUUUAUUAUUGGACUAUCUUUCUAUGUUAUUGUGUUGUAAUUAUCUCAGGGUAAUGUUCAUGUUAUUUUGUAUACACUCGACAAAUUCCUGUGCAGGAAUGAAUCAGUCUGCUGGUGUAAGUGCAGACUGGCCUCACACAGCCUGUACAGUUUCAGCUGCCACAUGACAUCUAUAAAGCAAUCAAUAAAUGAUGAUCAAACUGUU